AUGAGUCUAUUCUCGGAGAACUUCCGGCGCAGCUUCACGCUCGGUGCAAUCGCUGUUGUUUCGGCUCAUGCGCUCGCUAAGAUGAUACCGAACUCACUACAGGCCUAUGCUCUUGUGCAGACGGCUAUCGCAAUGCUCUCACUAUCCGCGCUCAUGUUGUUCGUAUACACUCACCAUAGAGCUGGCGGCAACCUCAUCACAAUCCGCAAUGAAGAACACGCAUUGAUAUUGGCGUUCGGAACCUUCUGGUUCGCAAUGCUCAUUCUUUGGCGGGCUAUGCGCCAAAGUGGCACCAUUACGCAGGCCGUGGCUGAGGUCGCAAGUACGGCGGCUCCUGGAAGGGAAGUGGCAGGCGGGAUGCAGCGAGGCGCGGGCUACGGCUCAGGCGCAUAUCCGCGCGGUCCGUGGGGAGACCAUUGGCCAUGCUCGCGCAACGAUAUGCAUUGCAUUGUCGAAGAGUGGUCAUGCUCGGCCAACCCUAAGCGGCGCAUCGAGACGGAUGUCAUGAAGCUGCUCAUGUCCGACUUUGAGGUCAGCCUUGUGAACGAUAGCAUGCAGGAGUUUUAUGUGCGCUUCCAUGGGCCCACAGAGACCCCAUUCGCCGGCGGUGUCUGGAAGAUUCAUGUGGAAUUACCUGACCAAUACCCAUUCAAAUCCCCCAGCAUCGGGUUCAUGAACAAGAUCUUCCACCCGAAUAUCGAUGAACUGAGCGGUUCUGUUUGCCUGGAUGUGAUCAAUCAAACAUGGUCGCCAAUGUACGAUAUGAUCAAUAUCUUUGAGAUGUUUUUGCCUCAGCUUCUGCGCUAUCCCAAUCCGGCAGACCCUCUCAAUGGUGAAGCGGCUGCAUUACUCAUGCGGCAUCCAAAGGAAUAUGAAGCAAAGGUCAAGGAGUACGUGCAGCGGUGGGCGACGAAGGAGGCGGCGGAUCAUGCCGCAGAUGGCAAAGGGAACAUUAGCAAAGAUGAAGAGGAGGACGCCGAGGAGGUCAUGAGCGACGUUGGUAGCAUAUCAGAUGACGAUGCUUGA